AUGGCGCCAAUUUGGGGGCUGGCCAUCCCACUGCCAUCAUAUGUCAGCCUUCCACUAUUAUUUGGCUUCCUUGUUUGGGGGCUUUGGGGGCUGUUUUCUUGGAAACAGAGCACAGAGCAUGUGGCAGUCAAGGCAGGCUCAGAGACUUCAAAGCAGCAUAAAUUGAAAAAGAUCAAGAAAUUCACAGGUCAGAAAGAUUCUAUCCUUUAUUCUUCAGCUCAAGCUUCCCAGUGGGAAGAAAAUCUCAGAAUGGGUUACCCUGAAGCUAACCUGACAUGUUCUUCAGGACUCCCUGUGGGAUGGGCCCAGGAAUAUAUACUCUGGUCAAUGGAGAGAACUCUUCAACAGAUCUUCCAACACCUGGAAUGUGCAAGAUCAAGUCUUUUGGAAUUGUGUUUGCCUGAACCACAAGAUAGGAUUUCUUCCUCCACCUCCUCUGUGUUUGUGGCUCAGGAGCCUGUUCUACCCUGUUGUGGCUGUAAGAAGGCAAAACAUUCUACUGACCAUAGCAUCUCCUCUGGAUCAUUAAGCAACAACUCUAGCCUGUCACACUUUCCUGUCUUUUCUGAAGAAACAACCUGGCAACUCCGGAACCAUAGUUUACCUAUUUUACCCAAGAAACAGCCUUCUGUGUUCAGGAGCCAAGGCACAUUGCUGUCUACUUUUAGGCUCUCAGAGUUUGGGAAAUCAAAACUUUUUCAGAAUUUUACAGCACUUUCACCCUUAGGAUCUCAAAGUUCUUUUAUCAACUCUGUUCUUGAAUCCCCAGUUCUCUGCCACCAAGAGAAAACAAAGAAUGGAAGGAGGAGCAAGAGUCAUUUGACACUGGAUCACGGGCCAAAUUCUGGCUCCAGGGAGAGACCACGAUUCUCAGGGUGGGCUCCAAUCCGUCUCUCUCCUUUGGCUAGGUGGGAGUUAGAGGGACAUAUGGCUUGGAAGGUUUGUACUUUGAGAGAACAAACAGUACCUCUGCCUGUGAGGGACUCAUGGGCAAUGCUGAAUUAUUUAAUCGAUGCACAAGGAGGAGUCUCUGAACCAGAGAAACCUCAAAUCCAGGUAUCUAUGCCCAUUCAUCAAAGCAGUAAACAAAGUAUCAACAAUAAAUCCCCAAACUGUCCAUCAUUUCAGCUCCAUGUGAAUAUUGGAGUGGAAUCCGGAUUAAAGAGAACAGAAACAAAAAUUUCACAGUCACUUAUCCCAGGUAAGCAGUCACAACCAGGGGAUGGCCCCCAAAUUCUUGAAUCCAGGCCCUUAGUUACAUCACUGGGCACUCCACCUCCCAAAAGUUUAGGAGUUGACAUAAAUCAAGAGGAAACCACUUUACUGCAGAAGGAGCCAAAACAUGUCCUAGAGCUUAGUAUAGAGCAGAGAGUCAUAGGCCUUCCAGAAAAAAGGAUACAGCAGCAUAAGACCCAAGUGACUAAUGUGGAAUUGACCCCAAGGCUACCAUACCAAGUUACAGAUAACAUAAAGGUAACUCCAUUGGCAUUACUUCAAGUCAUGGAUUUGAUGGGGAUGAUCCCAGAAUCACAUUCAGAAGUGAUAGAAUCUGUGGGUUUGUUCCCACAGCCACCAGAUGAAGUUGGGAAACCAAUGGAAACCAUGAAAAAAGUGAGAGUAAGCCCCAAACCAUCAUAUCAAGUCACUAAAUCAGUGGAGGUAAUACCAAGUCCUCAGCAUCAAGCUAUGGAAUCAAAGAUGACCUCAAGACCACAGAAUCAAGUCACAGAUAAUGUGAAGGUAACUCCUAUAGUAUUGCUUCAAGUCACGGAUUCUAUGGGGAUGAUUAAAAAAUCACAUCCACAUAUCACAGAAUCAGUGGGAAUAACCCCAAGAACACAAUAUCAAGCCAUGAAGUCAGCAGAAAUAAACACAUCACUAGACCAUCAAGUCAUACCACCAGGAAAGAUGAGUCCAAAGGCAAAACAUGCAGUUGUAGAAACUGUGGAAGUGACUGAAGGGCCACAGCAUGAAGUUACUGAAUCAGUGGACAUAACCUCAAAGCCACAAAGUCAAGUCAUAGAACCGUUGAAGUUUCUUCCAGAGCCAAUAUGUCAAAAAACAAGAUCAUUGGAAAUGAUCUCCAGUCCAUCUCAUCAAGUUAUGGAUUACAUGAAAGUAACUCCAGUGGCACUAUUACAAGCUAUGGAUUUCAUGGGGAUAAUUCCACCAGCACAGCCACAUGUUGUAGAAUCUGGAGAUUUGACCUCCAGUUCACAGUUGCAAGGUCUGGAAUAUGUUCAUUUGGCCCUACCGCCAGAGUUUCCAGAUAUAAAAGGUGUGGAGUUGACCCUAAGACAAUUACAGAAAGAUAGGAAAUCUGUGGAUUUGGCCCCCAAACCAUGGUUACAAGAUAAAAGAUCUGAGGAGAUAGUCCCGGUACUAUUGCUUAAAGAUGUGAAAAUUCCUCAAAUGGUAGAAUGUAGAAGGUUGAUUCCUGAAACACAGGUAGAAGAUAUGAAAUAUGAGGAACCAAACUCAGGGGCACACAUUCAAGCAGUAAAAUCUGUAGAGUUGAACCUCAAGCCAAAUCAUCAAGCCACAGAACCUGAAGGAUCUACCCCAUGGCAUCAAACUUUAGAAUCUUUAGGAAUGAUUGUACAGCCAAGAUAUCCAGGAACAGAAGCAGAGUUGACUUCUGACAAUUGUCACUACAGGAAAGAAUCUGUGGAGUUGAAACAGUCAUCUUUAGGAAAUACUCCAGGACCAUUGAGUCAAACUUCAGGAUCUAUUCAGAUGAACUCAGUGCCAUUACAAGGUACCCGUGAGAAAAUGCUCCAGGGUGUAAAAGCCUUGGAGACUCCAGUGUCUCAACACUUAAUACAAGAAUCUCCAGAGUUGGUAUCAGGAUCAGAGAUGCAAGGUAUGAACCCACAAAUAUUGAACCCAGAGUCCCAAGGUAUGAAGUUUGUUCAUUUGAAUCUAGGACCAUACCUUCAAGUUACUGAGCCUUCAGAGAUACCUCUAAGGUCAGAAAAGACAGAAACUAUGGGGUUGGCAUCGUUUCAAGUUGAAAACACCCAAGAGUCAAUGCCAUAUUUUAAAAAAGGAUCUCUGGAAUUUACUUUAGGACCAGGGAUGCAAUAUGAGAAAUCAGAGCCACCACUACAAAAUUUGAAAUCUGUGAAGUUAACCCCUGAGUCAUCCCCAUUAGUGGUAGGAUCUAAACAAUUUAUCACAGGACCAAAACCACAUGUUAUGGAGUUGACCCCAGGGCCACAGCUCCAGGGAGUAAAGUCUAUGCAGUUGGAUCCAGAGCCACAAUUACAAGACAUGAAAUAUGUUAAUUUAAUCCAACAGCCAGCUACUACUGGAGUGGUAGAAUUUGAGGAGCUGGUACAAGAACCAGUACUACAAAGUGUAGUAUCAGAGGAAUUGACUAAGGGGGCCCAGCCUCAAGGUGUGAGAUUGACCCUAGGGCCACAUUUGCAAAGUGUCAGAUUUUCAGAGUUAUCCCAAGGGCCACUUCUUCAAGGAGAAAAACCUAUAGAUUUAAUUUCAGGGUCUCCACAUGGUAUGAAAUGUGAUGAACUGACCCCUGGUUCCCCGGUACAAGAAAUCAAAUUAUCUAUCCCAGGGCCAAAGCAUCAAAGUGUUAUACCCAUAAAAUUGACUUCAAAACCACAAACUCCAGGUGUGAAAUUUGUGGAACAAAACUCAGGACCAUGCUUGCAAGAUGUGAAAUUUUCUGAUUUGACCUCAGAACCAAAGCGUCAAGGUUUCAAACAUUUGCAGUGUAUACCAGGAACACAGCUUCAAGAUAUGAAGUCUAUAGGAUUUGUAACAGAAUCAUCUUUGCAGUCAAGCCAAAGACCCUUGGGUGAAAAUACAAAAUCUCUUCUGUCUACUGAAGGACUACAGUUUCCUAGCACGAAAUCCAAUGAAUUAACCUCAGAACUACAGUUGCAAGGUGUGAAAUCUCAGGAACUAAACCUAGGGCCAAGGCAGCAAGAUGUAAAAUUUUCUGAAUUGACUUCCGGGCCAAAGCUUCAAGGUGUCAAAUUUGGGAAGCAAACCCCAGGAUCUAAGUUUCAUGGUGUGAAUUCUGUGGAGAAGACUCCAGAGUUAGGGUUUCAAGAUUCUAAAUUAGCAAAGAUGUCACCAGGGCUGCAGGGUAUAAAACAAGUGGGGCAUAACCCAGGGCCAUGGCUACAAGAUGUCAAAUUUUGUGAUCUGAUAUCAGGAACUCAACCUCAAGGAGCGAAAUCUUCAGAGUUAAACUUGGGACCACAACUACAGUGUGUGAAUUUUUUUGAGUUGACCCCAAAGCCAAAGAUACAAGGAGUAAGAUCUAUGAGGUUCACCCCACAACCUGGAAAGCAAGUGGUCACGCCUGAGAUGUUAGUACCAGAGACACUAUUUCAAGGUGUAAAACAUUUAGUGAUAGACCAAAUGUCAAGCUUUGAAGGUAACAUUUCUUAUAAAUUUGUCUCAGAGCCACAGAAACCAUAUGCAAAACCUGUGGAGUUGACUCCCGGGUCACAGUUGCCAAGUGUGAAAUAUUCUGAGUUGACUAGAAGACCAGAGUUACAAGGUAUAAAAUCUCCUAAAUUGAUCCAAGGACCACAGUUGCAAGAUAUAAAACCUGUGGAGUGGACCCCAAUCUCAAAGCUUCGAGGUUUAAAAUCUAAGGCACUAAUCCCAGAACCACAACUGGAAGAUAGGAAAUCUGAGGAGUUAACCCCAGGGCUGCAUUUGGGAGGUAUGAAAUCUAUGCAAACACCAAAACCACAAAUGGGAGAUGUCAAGUCUAUGGUGUUAACCCCCGGGCCACAGGUGGAAGGUGUGAAACCAAUGGAGCUGAUCCCAGGCUCAAAACUUCAAGGUUUAAAAUCUGAGUUGUUAAUCUCAGAGUCAGAGCUGAAAGAUAUGAAAUCUGUGGCCUUAAUUCCAGGACAGUAUCUAAAAGGUAUGGAAUCCAUGUUGCUAACUUCCAGUCCACAGCUGGAAGGUGAGAAAUCUGUGGAGAUAGCCUCAGGGGCUGAAAUAGAAGAUGUCAAAUCUGUGAAAGAUACCGCAAAUAACAAGCUUCAAGGUGAGAAAUCUGAGUUGACUAUGCAUGCAAGAAUUCAAGAAUUCAAAACUGUGGAGUUGGUCCCAAGAACACAGCUGCAAGAUGUGAAAACUGUGGAAUUGAAAUUUGGGCCAAAGAUGCAAGGUGAGAAAUCUGUGUCUUUUGCACAAGGGCCAUUGCUCCAAGGAUCUGAACUGCAAGUUGUGAAACCUGAGGAAUUGACUUUAGAGCCACAAAUGCAAGAUAAGGAAGUUGUCGAGAGUACCCCAUGUUUAAAGUAUCAAAGUUUAAAAUCUGUAGCGGAAACUCCAGAUUCAGUGCUGCAAUGUUUAAAAUCUGGGAAGUUGACCCCAAGGCCAAAGAAGCAGGAAGUAAAAUCUGUGAAUGUGACCACAAGACCAAAGUUUCAAGGAGUAAAAUCUGUGGAUUUAGCCCCAAGGCAACACUUUCAAGGGAUGGCACUUAAGAAUUUAACUUCUGGGCCAGAACGGGGUGGCGAGAUAUCUGUACUCUCACCAAAGCAGCAAUGUGUGAAUUCAGAGCAAUUGAAGAGAGGGUCUAAGUCAGAAGGUGAGAUGUCUUUGGAAUUAAUUCCAGGGCUAAAAUUUAAAGACGGAAAAUUAGUAGACUUCAAUUUUGAGUUACAGUUUGAAGGUAUGAAACCAUGUGAACUGACUCCAGAAUCAAAUAUCCAAGGUUUAAAACCUAAAGAGUUUAAACCUGAACCACAGUUGCAAAGCAUAGUAUCUCCUGAGUUGAUCCCAGCACCUCGGCUGCACCAAGUGAAACCCUCAGCAUCAGCUUCAGAGCCACAACUCUGUGUAAAAACUGUUGAGUUAAAGCAAGAGCAACUGCUUGAAAGUAUGAAAUGUAUUCAGUGGAUACCGGGACCUAAGUUCCAAGCUGUGAAAUCUGUAGAUUUAAAUCUUGGGUCACGAUCUCAAGGUGCUAAAUCCGGAGGGUUGAAAUCUUCAGUACAGUUAAGGGAUGUGAAGUCAUCUGAAUUGACUUUCGGGACAAAAACUCAAGGUGCAACGUAUGCAGAUUUCAACCGUGGGCCACAGUUGCAGAAUGUGAAAACUCCUGAGUUGUUCCCAGGACCACAGCUGCAAAAAGGGAAGACUUUGGCAUCAACCUCAGAGCCACAGCUUCAAGAUAUAAAAACUAUGGAGUUUAAACAAGAGCCACAGCUAGAAAGUAUGAGAUGUGUUCAGUGGAUACCAGGACCUGAAUUCCAAGCUGUGAAGUCUGUAGAGUUAAAUCUUGGAUUACAGUCUCAAGGUGUCAAGUCUGUAGAGUUGAAACCUUUAAUACAGUUAAGAGAUACAAAGUCAUCUGCAUUGACUCCAAGGCCAAAGCUCCAAGAUACACCAUCUUUAGCAUCACUCCAGGAACAUCAGCCUCAAGGUUUCGAUUUGAAACCUUUUCUACAGGUUAGAAGUAUGAAAUCAUGUGACCUGACAUCAAGAUCAAAGCUCUGUGGUAUAAAAUCUAUGACACUGAAAUCUAGGCUUUCCUUGCAUGAUAGGAAAUCUACUAAAUUGACUGCAGGACCAAAGCUUCAAGAAGUGAAACCCUUACAGUCAUCCCCAGGAACACAACCUCAAGGUGUCAAGUCUCUAGUGCUUACACAAGAGCCACAGCUUCCUGAGGUGAAAUCUGGGGUAUUAAGCCAAGGGUCACAAUUACAAAGUGAUAAAACUAUAGAGUUGAACUCUCCACUACACUUGAAAAGUAGGAAGUCAUCUGAAUUGACUCUUCAGACAAAACUUCAAGGUGUGAAAUCUGAGAAUUUCAACUCUGGGUUACAGUGGCAAGGUCUAAAAUCUUCUAAGUUGUCACCUGGGAUAAAGUCCCACGAUAUGACAUUUACUGAAUUAAAUCCAAGUUCACAAUUGGAAGGUACAACAUUUUCUAAACUGACUGUAGGGACAGAAAUUCAAGGUACCAAACCUACAGAUUUCAACCACGGACCAUUGUUACAAGGUGUGAAUUCUUCUGAAGGGACCUCAAAGACAAAACUUCAAAAUGUAAAACAUAAAGAAAGCAGCCCCAGCCCACAGUUUCAAGAUACGAAAUCUUCUAGGUUGAUCAUGGGUGUAAAGCUUCCAGAUGUAAAAUCUACGAAUUCCAGGUCUGGGCCACAGUUGCAGGAUGUGAAAUCUCGAGUGAUCACAAGGGAAAAGCUUCAAGGAGUGAAAUCUGUAGAAUUGAAACCUAGUUCAAAGUUACAAGGUGAGAAAUCUUCUGAUAUGACCCUGGGGAGGAAGUUUUCAGGUGUGAAAUCCAGCCCAAAGUUACAAGAUAUGCAAUGUUCAGAGCUGAUUAUGGGUAUAAAGCUUCGAGAUAUAAAAUCUACAGGGUCCAAUUCUAGAUCACACUUUCAAGGUAUGAAAUCUUCUGAAAUGAUCACGGAGUCAAAGCUUCAAGAAGUGAAAUCCUUUGGGUUCAACCAUGGUCCAAAGCUACAAGGUGGGAAAUCUGAUUUAACCCAGAAGAGGAAGCUUCAAGGAGUGAAAUCUGUGGAGUUCAACCCUAGGCCACAGAGACGAGGUGAGAAAUCUGAUUUGACGCUAGAGUGGAGGCUUCAAGAUUUGAAAUCUGUUGAGUUAAAACCUGUUCCACAGUUACAAGAUGUGACAUCUUCUGAGUUAACACCAGAAACAAAGCUUCAAAGUGGAGGAUCUGUGGAAUUCAUCACCAGGCCCACGUGGCAAGAUACGAAAUCUCUUGAAUUCAAUCUAGGUACAAAGGUACAAGAUGUGAAAUCUUUCGGGUUCAAGUCAGCCCUACAGUUACAAAAUAGGAAAUUGUCUAUGCUGACACCAGGGGCACGCUUUCAAGGUAUGAAAUCUGUGGAAUUCAACCCUGGGGCAAAGUUGCAAGGUGCAAAAUCUCCUGAGUCCAUAAAGCUUCAAAUAGUGAAAACUACAGAAGUCAGUCAUGACCCAGAAUUUCGGGUUGCAAACCCCUCUGAGUUAGCCUUGGAAUCAAAGAUUCACAGUGUGGUAUCUUCUGAGUUCAGUGCUGGGAAGCAGUGGCAAGAAGAGAAAUCAUAUAAGUUGAACCCACGGCCAGAGCUUCAAAGUGUAAAAUUUAUGGUAUACAAUCCUGGACCACAUUUGCAACAUAGAAAAUCUUCAGAAUUAUGCAAAGGGACACAGAUUCAAGAUGUGAAAUCUAUGGAAUUCAAUCCUGAGCAACAGUUGCAAGAUGUGAAAUCUUCUGAGCUGUGCCAGGGAACAAGUGUUCAAGGUAUGCAGUCUUUCCAGUUCGAUCCUGGGCCACAGUUACAAGGUGUAAAAUCUUUUGAGUUGAAUCCUGAGCCAGAGCUUCAAGGUAUAAAAUCUAACUUGUUCUGCCUUGGGCCACAUUUGCAAGAUAUGAAUUCGUCUGCAUUUAUUUCAAAACCAAACCUUCAGUGUGUAAAUGCUACAUCUGUAGUGGUCAACCCUGGAAUACAUUUGCAAGAUUUGAAAUCUGAACUGAUUCCAGGGCCAAAGUUUCUAGGUGUAGCACCUAUGGGAUGCAACCCUGGGUCACAGAUGAACUGUAUAAAUCCUUCUGAGUUGAAUCCAGAGCCAAAAUUACAAUGUGUAAAUUCUAUGGGGUGCAAACUGGGGCCACCUUUGCAAAGUGUACCAUCUUUUGAGUUGACUUCAGGGACAAAAUGUCAAGGUAUGGGAUCUGAGGUGAAUCCAGGGACCAAGAGUCACAGUGAGACAUCUGUGGUGUUCAACCCUGAACCACAUUUGCAAUGUUUGAAAUCUGAAUUGAUUCCCGGGCCAAAGUUUCUAGGUGUAGCACCUAUGGGAUGCAAACCUGGGCCACAGACGAACUGUGUAAAUUCUUCUGAGUUGAAUCCAGAGGCAAAAUUACAAUGUGUAAAUGCUGUGGAGUACAAAUUGGAGCCACCUUUGCAAGGUAUACAAUCUUUUGGGUUGACUUCAGAGAUAAAAUGUCAAGGUAUGGGAUCUUUUGAUUUGAAUCUGGGGUCAGAAUUUCAAGGUAUAAAAUCUGUUUUGUUCAACCCUGUGCAACAUUCACAAAAUAUGAAAUGUGAAUUGACUCCAGGGACAAAGUUUCCAGGUGUAACAUCACAGGAGUUCAACUGUGGCCCACAGCCGCAAGGUAUGAAUUCUGAGGAGUUGCCCUCACACCUCAGGCAGCAUAAUGUGAGAUCCGUGGUGUUUUCACCGCAUUUUCAAGAUGUGAAAUCUUUGAAGUCAAACCCAUUGCCACAGCCUCAAAGUGCUAAUUCUUUAGGGUUGUCAUCAUGCCUCAGGUCACCAUGUGUUAAUUCUGAGGUCUUUGCACCAGAGUCAUGUUUUCAAGAUGUCAAAUCCAUAGAGUUGACACCAGGGUCCCAACAGCAAGGUAUGAAUUGCCAAGAGUUGACUUCAGGAUGGCAAGGUAUGAAAUCAGUGGUGUUGGCACCACAGCCAGUUAAGAAGUUCAUACCAGGACCGAUGUUGGCUAGUGUUAAAUUUUCAAGUUUGUCUCCAGAAUCACAGCAACAAGGUGAGAAAUCUUUGGAGUUUACUCCAGAACCAAAGUUGCAAAGUAUAAAACAUGUGAAAUUGUCUUCAGCAUCUCUGCAACAAGACAUAAAACCUGUAGAGUUACCACCAGGGUCACUGCUUCCAAGAACAAAAUCUGAGGAGCUAACUCCAAAAAGAAGGUAUCCAAUCACAAACUCCUCUGAGAUAAUCCCUAGGCCAGAGCAUCAGUUUGUAGAACAUGUGGAGAUGAUCCCAACGCCAAUGCAUCAGGUCCCUAAAUCUGUGAGUUUGAUUUCAAUACCAAUUUAUCACAUCACAGAAUCUUCAGCAAUGGCACGAAGGUUGGCACACCAAGGCAAAGAAACCAUAGAAAAAUCUGUAGGGUUGACCCCAAAGCCAACAAGUAAAGCCAUGGAAUCUUCAGGAAUGCCUCUAGGGCUAGAUCUCCAAGUACCAGAAUCUGUUGAUGUGACUCCAGUGCUAAGAAAUCGAGGCUCUAAAUCCUUAGAAUUAACCCUAAAGGAAAGCUACCAAAUCCCAAAAACUCUGGAGUUGCUCUCUCAGUCACAGACUCAAGUUAAAGAUUUGGAGGAAUUACAUACAAGGCGACUGCAGCAAGCUGUAGGAUCUGAAGAGAUGACCCCAGAGCCCAAGCAUCACACUACAGAAACUAUGGGCUUGACCUCCAAGGCAAGGCCAAAAAGGAAGGAAUUCCUUGGAAUGACCCCAAAGCCAAUACGUAAAACCACUGGAUAUGCAGAGAGAUUUCCAAGGCCCUAUCCUCAAGCACUAGAAUUUUUGGAGGUGAUCUCUGAGAAAAGGCUGCAGAGGGAAGACUCUGAAGCAUUGAUUACACAGUCAUUACAUCAUGUCCCAGGGUCUUCAGAGAUGACACCAGGAGUAGGAUAUCAAGUUCCUGAAUCUAUGGGUUUAACUUCUAAGCAACGGCUUCAAAGGGAGGAAUCAUUAGAGUUGCCCCCAAAGCCGACAAAUCAAGUUGCAGGAUGUGCAGAAUCUGUAAAGCUCAUACCCGAGACAUGGCAGCAAGGGGAUGGAUCAGUGGGAUUAUCAUUGUCACAGAAUCAAAGGAUGAAAUAUUCAGAGAUAGGUCCAGGACUACAAGGUCGAAUUACAGAAUAUAUGAGGAUUAGUCCAAAGCCACCAGAUCAGGUCACAGAAUCUACAAAGACACAGCUUCACGUUGCUCAAGGGGUAACCCCGGUAGUUCCCCAAAAAGUUAUUGACUAUGUGAAAGUGACUUCUGGGCCACCACCUCAAGUUGUGAAAUCUGUGGCAUUAACACCAGGGCCAAUCUCUCAAAUGGUAGACUGUCUUGAGUUGACUCCAAAACUGCAAGAUGUGAGAUCUUCUGAGUUUACCUCAGGGCUAUGGUUGCAAAAUGUGAAAUCUAAGAAAUUAGCCACAGAGCCAACGCACCAAAUUUUGGAAACAAUGAAGUUGACAGGGUUUCAAAUCGUAAAGACUGUGUUAAUCCCAGGGCCACCACUUCAAAUUGUAAAAUCUGAGGAAUUAGCACCAGGACCAAUUCCUCAGGUUGUAGAACCAAUAGGAGUAGCCUUAGGGUCAGCGAUUGAAGCACUGGAUUGUUUGGAUUUAUUCCCAAGGCCACAGCUUCAAGAAAUGGUAGAACCUGUAGAAUUAACUCCAAGGCCAAAUACUAAAGUGAAAUCUGCAGAAUUACUCUCACAGCCAACAUCUCCAUUUGAGAAACCUACAAUGUUCACUCAUGAACAAGGGCUUCAGGCCAUGAAAUCAGUAGGGACAAAAAUAGGGUCUUCUCAAAUCAGGGAAUCUGAGGAUUUAAAUCUAGGACAGGUAUAUCAGAUUAGGGAAUCUGAGGAUUUUACAUCAAGAGAGGAGUUACAAAUAGAUAAUUAUAUCUUUAGAUUUCUGCACAACUCUUCAAACUCGCUUAUCUCAAGCUCUGCCGAAACAUCUGAAUUAGGAAGCCUUUGGGAUUUUGAGCUGCCGGAAGUAUCAAGGACUUUGGAUGUAAAAAACCUUGGGACAGAUAUUUUGGAGCCUGAAGAGUCCUUUAUAGACUCUACUAUGAUACGGUCUUCAACCCUUACCUUGUCCCUUCAUAAUCAACCGUCUGAUAAAAUAACUAACAUUGUAGAAACCCCACAUUUUGAGAUCCCAGGAGUGGGUGUCAUAUCUAAGGAGAGGACUAAUAAGAAGCAGGUGGAAGAGCUAGAGAACUUACUCCACGACCUAUCCCAACAUCCACCACAAAGCUGGAGAUCACCAUCUAGGACGUUUCAGUCAGGAUCGGGAACUCAAAGAGGCCUUACCUGGUCUGUCCUGGGGAGACAACAGAAUGUCUGGGAGAAUCACUCCUGGAGACAGCGACUACCUAGAAAAUAUCUCUCCAAUAUGCUAACGCUGGGGAAUGUCUUGGGAGCCACUAUGAAAAGGAAGCUCUAUUCUCGAACAUCUUUAACAGAGAGAGCCACUGCAGAUGUCUGUCAGUCUAUUCAGAAUUUAUUUGGGGUUCCAGCUGAACUGAUGAAAUUUUCCCAGAGUUUGCUAGAGAAGGGUCGAGGUACUAUCUCUCAGCCUUCAGUGGUCAAAAACUACAUUCAAAGACAUACUUCAUGUCAUGAUCAUGAGCAAAGAAUGGCCUUAAAGAUGUGGACACGUGGUUCCAUGUCCUCUAUAGUACAGCAAUACUCUGGGACUAGAAUGAGAAUAAAGAAAGUGAAUUCAAGGCUCAAUGAUAUAUCCAAGGAAGUCAUUCAGCCCAUUCCUGCUUCAUGUACAGGGGGCCAGCCUCCUGCCCCAGUAAAGUUAGAGUCCUCCUUCGAUAUAGUUUUCACUAGGAAAGAUUCUGUUCCAGUGGAAGAGAGUGAGAACUCACAGAGUAACUCACAGACAAGGAUUUUUGAAUCCCAACACUCUCUCAAGCCAAGUUUUCUUCCCCAGGCCAAAACUGACUUCUCAGAACAGUUCCAGCUGUUACAAGAUCUGCAGCUAAAAAUAGCAGCAAAACUGUUAAGGAGUCAAAUACCCCCAAAUGUUCCUCCACCUCUAACUUCAGGUCUGGUUUUAAAAUACCCUAUCUGCCUACAGUGUGGCCGAUGUGCAGGAUUUAGUUGCUGUCAUAAAUUACAGGGCACUCUUGGGCCUUACCUUCUUAUUUAUCCACAGCUCCACCUUGUAAGCACUCCUAAAGGCCAUGGAGAGAUUAGGUUGCAUCUUGGCUUUAGGCUGCGAACUGGGAAAAGACCCCAAAUUUCAAAGUAUCACAGAAGAGACAGACCCAUCACACCAAGGAGUCCUAUGUCACCAUCACUAAGGAAAGCUAAUGUCUACACUCAAGCUUCCAAGAGUCCUACUUCUACGAUAGAUUUGCAGUCUGGAUCUUCCCAGGCUCCUGCUUCUCCUGUACAAGUGCACAUCAGGCGAAGGCCGUAUAGGAGCCCUGACCUAGUAGGAGAAACAGAAAUUAGAGACCCUGGGCAAUAUGAAUUUACUCAAGUUCACUCUUUACCAGAUAGUGACUCUGAAGAUGUUCAGGAUGAAAAAUGGGCUAACAGGGGAACCCAAAAGACCCAUGAUUCAAAAUAUCCAAUGAAAGGAACCAAGGGAGGCAGAACACAAAGCGCAGAGUUCUACACAAAUGGUAGAGCCAUGACACAGAGUCCUUCUAGGGAAUUACCAGCCCAGUUUAGAAGGAAGAGGAAUGGAGCAUCUCAGACAAUGAGUGCCUCGUUAAAAAGACAACCUAAGAAAUCCUCCCAACCCAAAUUCAUUCAACUGCUUUUUCAAGGCCUAAGGCAAGCAUUCCAGAUGGCACACAGAAUUAUGGCUUUUGUUGGGCAGAAGCCUGAGGACAGAUCAAGGCCAGACCAUUUGUGGUCAAGCAAAAACCAGCAUCCAAAACGAAAAGCCAGAGACUAUUACUUAUCAAGAGAUAUCAAAAGUGACGGGAUGCCAGUUGUCAAGCUAAAGCCAACAGACCUAACCACUAAGCAGGAGAGCACAUUAAGGGAAGAAACAGAGCAACUCAGAUCAGUUCAACAACCCAAAUGGGAUAGCUCUUUCAAACCCAGACAUACCCAACUGCCCAAGCGCAUAGUUUCCCAAAGAAGUACCACUUUCAAAACCACUUCAAGCAGACAGUCUAUGGGUGUUGUUCAAAAUGACAGUAGCAGCAGAGCUAAGAAAAACUUUGGCAGAAGUGAAAUCUCCAUCCAGGAGUCCAAGAACUCCAAAUCGGGAACCAGAGUUCAGGACCGAGGGAGAAUUCUACAAGAUUCACUUAAGAGAAACUCACACAGUCACCUUAAAGAGAAACUGACACCCAAGAAACGAAACCACAAAAGCUUCUUAAGGCAGAGAACCCCAUGUAAUUCCUCUGAAAGGAGCCAUGGUACUCCCUCUCAGAGGAGCCAUCACAGUCUCUCUCAAAGGGGCCACCAAAGUCCCUCUGAGAGGAGAUGUCAUAGCCCUUCCGAGAGGAGCCAUCGAAGUCCUUCUCAGAGAAGUCAUCACAGUAUCUCCGGAAGGAGCCACCAAAGUGCCUCUGAGAGGAGCCACCGAAGUCCUUCUCAGAGGAGCCAUCGCAGUCUCUCCAGAAGGAGCCGUCAAAGUCCCUCUGAGAGGAGCCACCGAAGUCCUUCUCAGAGGAGCCAUCGCAGUCUCUCCAGAAGGAGCCGUCAAAGUCCCUCUGAGAGGAGCCACCGAAGCCCUUCUCAGAGGAGCCAUCGCGGUCUCUCCGGAAGGAGCCGUCAAAGUCCCUCUGAGAGGAGCCACCGAAGCCCUUCUCAGAGGAGCCAUCGCGGUCUCUCCGGAAGGAGCCGUCAAAGUCCCUCUGAGAGGAGCCACCGAAGUCCUUCUCAGAGGAGCCAUCACAGUAUCUCCGGAAGGAGCCGUCAAAGUCCCUCUGAGAGGAGCCACCGAAGUCCUUCUCAGAGGAGCCAUCGCAGUCUCUCCGGAAGGAGCCGUCAAAGUCCCUCUGAGAGGAGCCACCGAAGCCCUUCUCAGAGGAGCCAUCGCAGUCUCUCCGGAAGGAGCCGUCAAAGUCCCUCUGAGAGGAGCCACCGAAGCCCUUCUCAGAGGAGCCAUCGUGGUCUCUCCGGAAGGAGCCGUCAAAGUCCCUCUGAGAGGAGCCACCGAAGCCCUUCUCAGAGGAGCCAUCGCGGUCUCUCCGGAAGGAGCCGUCAAAGUCCCUCUGAGAGGAGCCACCGAAGUCCUUCUCAGAGGAGCCAUCGCGGUCUCUCCGGAAGGAGCCGUCAAAGUCCCUCUGAGAGGAGCCACCGAAGUCCUUCUCAGAGGAGCCAUCACAGUAUCUCCAGAAGGAGCCACCAAAGUCCUUCUCAGAGGAGUCAUUGCAGUAUCUCCAGAAGGAGCCAUCAGAGUCCCUCUGAGAGGAGCCAUCGAAGUCCUUCUCAGAGGAGCCAUCGCGGUCUCUCUGGAAGGAGACAUCAGAGUCCCUCUGAGAGGAGAUGUCGCAGUCCCUCUGAGAGGAGACAUCACAGUCCUUCUCAGACGAGCCAUCGCAGUCUCUCUGAAAGGAGCAAUCAAAGUCCUUCUCAGAGGAGCCAUCAUAGUGUCUCCAAAAGGAGCUGCCAGAGUCCCUCUGAGAGGAGAUGUCGCAGUCCUUCUGAGAGGAGCCAUCACAGUACCCCUAAGGAGAGACUCAAGCGCAGCUACCCUAGGGAGAGGCUCAGACAUAGUGUCUCUAAAGAUUUCAAGGGCUACUCAAACACACAAAAUACCCAAAGCUGGGCAAGUUUAGAGUCCUGAAGCUAACAGAUGAGAAGAGAUCCGCCCCCCUUAUUCACUGACUGGCUCAAGUCUUCACCAAGCUGCCCUUUCCUGGCUUCUUUCCUGCUAAGCCACUGCCUCCAAUACCUGCGCCCUCAGCAAAGAGCGUCUAUGCC